CCCUUCCCCGCUCCUUCGCCCAGUCCCCCACCCCCGAGGCGAGCCACAGCCUCACCCUCGGCUCCCUCCCACACCCCAUUGCCGCCUCCAUCCAAUAAAACUCCUGUACAGAUCAAACUCCAGGGAUCCGGAUCAGCCGAUCCCGCGCCUCGCCGCGCGAUUUUUCACCCUCGAUUCUCCCUGGUAUUUUUUUUCCCUAUCGGGGCUAGGGUUAGGGCCUCGGGGAGGAGGGCGCCGCAUUUCAGGCCGCCGCCGGAGUCGACGAGCCAGGCCACCCGGGGAGGCGAGCGGAAGGGGAGCCAGGAGAAAUGGAGAAGAAGAAGGUGGCGGUGUCCAAGGUGUGCCACGGCCACUCGCGGCCGGUGGUCGACCUCUUCUACAGCCCCGUCACGCCCGACGGCUACUUCCUCAUCAGCGCCAGCAAGGACUCGAAUCCUAUGCUUCGUAAUGGUGAUACUGGAGAUUGGAUUGGGACUUUUGAAGGUCAUAAAGGUGCAGUUUGGAGCUCUUGUCUAGACACAAAUGCUCUCCGUGCUGCCUCCGGUUCUGCGGACUUCUCAGCCAAAAUAUGGGAUGCACUAACAGGAAAUGAGCUACAUUCAUUUGAGCACAAGCAUAUAGUCCGUGCAUGUGCCUUUUCUGAGGACACUCACAUGUUGCUCACUGGAGGUGUGGAGAAGAUUUUGCGUAUAUAUGACAUGAAUCGUCCAGAUGCAGCUCCAAGAGAACUUGACAAAACACCUGGUUCUGUACGAACUGUUGCUUGGCUUCACAGUGACCAAUCUAUUCUAAGUUCCUGCUCUGAUAUGGGUGGAGUGAGGUUAUGGGAUGUGAGAAGUGGAAAAAUUGUCCAAACUCUUGAAACCAAGGCACCUGUCACCAGUGCAGAAGUAAGCCAGGAUGGCAGGUUCAUCACUACAGCUGAUGGCUCAAGUGUUAAAUUUUGGGAUGCGAACCAUUUUGGGCUUGUUAAAAGCUAUGAUAUGUCAUGCACUGUGGAGUCAGCUUCACUUGAACCAAAGUCUGGGAGUAAGUUCAUCACUGGAGGGGAAGACAUGUGGGUUCAUGUAUAUGAUUUCUUCACUGGUGAAGAAAUAGCCUGCAACAAAGGUCAUCAUGGACCUGUCCACUGCGUCCGGUUUGCGCCUGUUGGCGAAUCAUAUGCAUCAGGAUCAGAAGACGGCACCAUCCGUAUCUGGCCGCUGAACCCUGCAAACGCCGAUGACACGGAGGCACCCAACGCCAACGGCAAACCUAAGGCCGCCGCGGUGGCAAAUGCGGUGGCAAAUGACGUCGCCCGUAAGAUCGAAGGCUUCCAUAUCACCAAGGAGGGGCAGACCGAGGCGUAGGAGGAGGAUUGCAUCGUCACCGAAACUGGCAGUGGUUGAGCCUUGUUGGGGCAUUGCCGUCCGUCAGAGCCAGCCCCUUGGACUCACGGUGUCGCCCUCUGAGUCCAUCACGUCGAAGCUUCUUUGCCGACCAAGGGCGGACGGACUUGUCCGUCAUGAGUGAGCGGUUUUCUGUAUGGGGCACUCUUCAGUAGACUGUUAAGAUUAAGAGAGCAUCUAAAGAGUUGGAAUAAACCGUAGGGGGAAGCGAGUCAGCAGUUAGUUUGUUUGCAGAAAGUUAAGCUUAAUUUCAAUGUAUCGACGAUAGGAUUCGCCAUACAAAUGCCAAUGGUGUUAACACUGUUUUGGCCCAUCGUUGUGUGUUGAUGAUGACGGUGACAAAGGCUGUUGGUUGCCA